AUGAGAGCAGUUAUCCAGCGGGUAACUAAAGCUGCUGUUUAUGUUGAAAAUGAACUGAUUUCUUCGAUAGGCCCGGGUAUUUGUGCACUUAUAGGAAUCGCUGAUGGCGACGGCCCGACAGAUCUUGAAUAUAUCGUCAGGAAAUUAAUCAACCUUCGGUUGUUUCCAAACGACGAAAUAGGGAAACGAUGGGACAAGAGUGUAAAAGAUAAGGAGUAUGAGAUUUUAUGUGUUAGUCAGUUUACGUUGUAUGGUAUUCCGAAAGGAAACAAACUAGACUUUCACAAGUCGAUGGGGCCUUCUGAAGCGCCACGGUUCUAUCAGGGAUUCAUUGAUGCUUUGAGAAAAGCAUACAACCCUGCAAAAGUUAAGGAUGGCAAAUUUGGGGCUUACAUGAACGUUCAGAUUGAAAAUGAUGGUCCUGUAACAAUCACACUGGAUAGCGCUAACAGAAACUGA